AUGAUUAGUAGAUUUACAUCAACCAACCUUUUAAGAGGUGCAGUCAGAUAUUAUGGCUCAACAUCAACCUCUUACACAUUGCCAGACCUCCCAUACGACUACAAAGCACUUGAACCGGUCAUUGCCGGUGAGAUCAUGGAGAUUCAUCACAAGAAGCAUCACCAAGCCUACGUCACCAACUUGAAUGCUUCUCUUGAAAAGUAUGCUGCUGCAGAGUCUGCCAAGGACGUUGCUGCCAUGAUUGGUCUCCAAUCUGCCAUCAAGUUUAACGGUGGUGGCCAUGUCAAUCACAGCAUCUUUUGGACUAACCUUGCUCCAAAGAAUGCUCAAGGUGGUGUAUCUCCAUCUGGUCCACUCGCUGAUGCCAUUAAUCAACAAUUUGGUUCACUUGAAAAGUUUAUUGAAAAGUUUAAUGCUCAAACUGUUGCCAUUCAAGGUUCAGGUUGGGGUUGGUUGGGCUAUGACAAGGCUAAUAGCAAGCUUGUCAUCUCUAGCUGUGCCAAUCAAGAUCCACUCUCUACCAUUGGUUUAACUCCACUUUUGGGUAUUGAUGUCUGGGAACAUGCUUACUAUCUUCAAUACAAGAAUGCUAGAGCUGACUACUUGAAGAACAUUUGGCAAAUUGUUAACUGGAGUAAUGUUGCCGAGAGAUACUCAAAGGCAAAGAGAUUAAAACAUAUUCAUGAUAAAAUAGCCUUUAACCUUGUCAAUUUAUUAUAUUCCAUUCAUUGGAUGGAUAAUAGAAUUGAAUAG